AUGAACGAUAAAAAAAUAGAAUUCAACCAACAUAAAGAGCAAGAAUCUUAAGAAUUGGAUUCAAAUGAGCCGGAUCUUAUCUCCAAACUUGUUGUUAAAAAAGGAAAAAUAGCUCCAAAAUUUAGCAAAAUAGAAGAAGAACUUGUGAAAUAAAAGAAAGAUAACCUCAUUAAUAAUGAAAGGAAGUAUGACAUUGGAAAAUAACUUUCAAGAGAUUCAUUAAAGCAUUAAAAUUAAAGAAUAAUGAACGAGAAGAUUUAAUAUAAGGAAAGUGAGCUUUUAGAAUCUAAUAGACAUUUGUAAGAAGAAAAUAAAAUUGAAGGUGAUCCCUAAGAAAUUUCAUUCUUUGAUUAAAAUUUUCCAUAUGCCUACAAUGAUAAAGUUAUCGAAGCAGAAGAUAUUUUUGUAUUUGAUCCUAGCAAAAUAAAUGAUGUGGAUAUAGAAAAUUUACAUCUAUCUUAAAGAAGAAUUAUCAGUACAAUCUUAGUUAUUACAACUAUUUCAAUUGGUGUCACAUUCCAUUUCAAACAAAAUGAACAAGCUGAAUAAAAACCAAUUUUGGCAUAAAACAGGCCAUUCGGCAAUAUUUAUGAGGACUAGUUUGGUGUGCAAAUGAUUUAAUUUCCCAUCAAUAAAGUAAAUUUCACAGAAGCUCUUAGCUCUGGUAAAUUGAAAUACUUACCCAUAAAUUUUGAAGUUAGAGAAGAAGCUAACUAUUCUGCUAAUGUGACAUUUUAAAUGGAUUCAGAUAUAUUUUCGAGUAAUAAAGAAGCAUUAAAUUCUUAAGUCAUGCAAUUAGAUGUAACCUUUUUUACUUAAAAUAUUACCAAAGAAUACAUUACUAUCAUAACUUACAACUAGAUAUAACAAAAAGAACAAAAUACUACACAGAAUGUUGAUGAUAAGGAAGAGGAAGCUAAUAUAGCAGAAUUGUUAUAAAACUAGGAAUUGAUGAAAGAUUAGAAUUUCAAAGAUUUUCUCUUAUAUUCUUAAAAAGAUGAUGAAGAAUCUCAAAAAUUUACUGAAUAAAUCUUAGAGAGCAUCAUAAAAAUGUCAAUUUGUAGAGUAUCAAGAGCUGGUUAAAUUUUACAGUGUGAAUUUGUGAAGAAUAUGACAACUGAAGAGAGGCAACUAUCUUUAAAUUUACUGAAAAACUAUAUUCCUGAUAUGAAGAUUGAUAAUUACAUGACAUAGAAUGGUAAACUCAAGAUGAUUUAAAAUAAUUCGAAAAAUGGCAAAAGAAUCUUAGAGACUGGAAUUAUAGUAGAAUAAAAUUCUGACCAGAGUGAUUAGGGGUAAGAUGAAACUAAUUCAAUAGGACUCGCAUCAGGAGCUGAAAUAAAUGAUGAGGAUGAUGCCAAGACUGUAAGUGGAGACACCCAGUCUGCACAUGGUUUAGACUUAAACACAGGCAAAAUUCAAGAUGUGGAGAGAUCUGAUUCGCUUUCUUAUGAAAACAAAUACAAUAAAAGUGAGGAAGGGGCUCAACCUCCUCCUUUCAAAAAAAUGUCACAAAAAUCUUAGAUAUCAAUGAAGAGAAAAUCUUCUGAGAUUCUUCUUGAGGGAGUAGAUUAUGUAAAGAUCUAUUUAGCUCACACAGUAAAUAAGCUUAGAUUUGAUUUUUUGGAGGACCCAACUAACAAGCUAUUUGAAUUGCCUGCUGAAUUAAGUUAAAAUUCAACUUAAGGAUAGAAUCUUAGAAUUUUAGAUCAACUAAAUGAUAUAGACGAUCUCCUAAAUAAUGGAAGUAGAAAUCUUUUGGGUGUUAGGUAAUCACCUUUUGAAGAGUUGAAAAUAUCUCUUGCCAAAAUAAGCUUAUUUGUUGUAAAACUUGAAGCUGGAUUUGGUUUGAAAUGUUUAAAUGAGUAGUAAUGCACAGGUGGUUUGUAUUUAAAUCCUUCUCCUUUGCCAGUUAUAUGGCCAGUCAGGCAAACGUUUUAGAUGAACAUGAUGAAGACUCUAAGAGAAUACAGACAUUACAAGACAGUUGUCUAGAAUAAUCUUCAAGCGUUUAUGUAUCUCUCUAACAAUCUAACUAGCAUAAUCGAAUCUACAGUUUUGGAGCCAUUUGAUUUUAUUGAACAAAAAAUAAAUCUUUUCUUUGCCCCAAUUAAUACCGUAGAAUAAAGCAUUAAGAAUUAUACAGAUAUUUUUAUUACUGGAGCCAUGAAUAUUGCUGAAAGUUUAUCACUAUCUCUGGCCAUUUAAAAUGCCUAUGAAGCUCAUUUUUCAGUUGAACUGAAGGCUUUCAAGUAAUUUUGUGAAAAAUAAAUUGAUGAAGCCUAUCAAAAGAGAUUAGAUUUAAUCGUUGCUAGUUUAAAGUAGAUUUAAAAUGCAGAUAUUCAAAAUUCUCCACAGCUCUAAUAAGAUUUCGCUGAUCUAAAAAAUGAGAUUUUGGCUGACUUUGACAAAAUAGUGGAUUAAAUUCUUCAGAGCGAUGUUGAUUUCUUUUCCAAAUUGCCUACAUUAUUCGCUUUACCUAAAGACUCCUUUAAUGGUAUUGUUGACACUAGUCCUUUCUUUGCAGAUAUGAAUAAAUUUAGUAUUAACACAAUCAUUCAAUUAGUGGUUAACUCGUUGGUCUAAUCAUUAGAUCCUACACUUUCAAUGCUGAAGGAGCUUAGAGAAGGCAUCAAAGUAAAUUCUCUGAUAUAUCACUCUUAGGCAAGAGAAUCACUUGAAAGUAUGCUCUCAGUCAAAUUUUAUGGCUCAAAUACCUAUAGCUCGUCACAUAAGGAAAUUAUUCUAAAUUUAAAGUAAAAUAUAAACUCCUUAUAAGCAACUGACUUUUAAUUUGAACUAGAUUAAAAUGAGCUGAGUUUUUCUAUUAAUGACCUCAUGACUAACUUUAUUGAAACGGUUGUAAGAGAAGUUAUGAAUGCAGCUGAUUCAACUUAAAUUUUAGUCUAAAAUAAAGGCUUUUUUGAGGAUGCAUACAACAAAGUGAUUGCUGAUUGUAAAAAUAUCAAUGGAACAAUUUUUGUUGAUAUCAAGAAUUACUUCUCUAAUAGUAUUGAUGUCUUUUUAAAGAAGGUGGACUUAUUUAAAAAAGACUUGGUAUAACUAGGACCAAAUAUCGAAACUUAACUUAAAUAGAAAAUCGACGUAGAUCAAUAAAAUCUUCCAAUUGAUCUCAACUAAGAGUUAAAUGACUAUAAAGUAAUGAUUAGCUAGCUAGAUGAUAUUUUCGAUGAAUUAAGAAGUUUGUUAAAACUAAACAAAAAGAUUUCAGAAAAGCUUAACAAAAUUUAAGAUAAUGUGAAAAUGACAAUAGAUGCCCCUAAGCGAGUUGAAAGCUAGUUUAAACAAACAAUUGAAAGAUUAAAUCAAGUUAGAAAAUAACUAUCAAUUGAAUUACAGCUACCUACAUUAGAUUUUUCACUUUCUGAAAUUAUGCUAGAUUCAAUUAAAAAUUAAAUAAUCUAGAAACUCAAGCAGGAGAUUAUUUAAAUUGCAGUCGAUACCACUAAAUCUGUGGCAGCAUAAUACUCGACCACUUUUUUCACUAACAUUGAAGGUUUGGUUGACUAAAAAUUGAAAGGAAUAAUUCCAAGCUCCUCAAGAACUACAAUAUAUAAGUCAAAUCCAGUCAAUAAAAAAGUUCUAUUAUAUUCAAUCCCCAUACCUUUCCCUUUUGGAUAUGUGUUAGUAUAAGUUUGGUAAUAGGUUUCAGCUAGUCUUGAUAUUUACAUGAUAUUUUAGAAUGGUGACUUCUUGUUUUCAACUGAAGCAACAGGUAAAUUUUCUUAUUAAUUAGCAGGCGUUUUAAAUCUCUACAUCAUUCGGUUUUAAGUUGGUGUUGAAGCUUUUAUAUUUUAAGGCUUGGCCUAUGCUAAGGCUGGAGUGAGUAUACUGUCUCUUACUCCCUCGGCAUUCAUUUAAUCUGGAGUUUACUUUAAUGUACUAACAAUGGUAACUUCAGUUUUAUUUUCAUAUCUAACAAUCAAGUGGUUUAAAAUCUGCUUUAGAGUAAGAAUAAAUAGGUGUUUGACCAUUAGUGUUUGCUUUUCCAUUCCAUGGAUAGAAUGGUCUGAAUGGAAAACUCUGAUAUAAUCUUAGCUUAAAUUAGGAGCAGAAUAUUAAAAAGAAUUUAUUAACAAAAAAUGGCAAUUAAAACUAAUUUGA